UAAUAACUGCAAACCUCCCGAAAUUACUGAAACCAAUUAACUUCAUAUAUAAUUCCAAGUUAAAGGCAUUCUUACUAGAAAACAAAAAUAUCAAACAAUAACAUACUAAAAAUCAGUAUAAUACAAGGUCUCAUUACAUAUAUUUUCCCUUGGCGAUCACAAAGAACAAAUGAUGUUUACGUACACGGGCAUACGCAGUCCACGCAGAGCCGCAGUACCGCUGAUAGCGCGUUUUCUAUAAACACGUGAUAAAAGAAGGUGACAAAAGAAAACAUUGACAGCCAUCAUCCAACAUCGGCAACUUAACGUACGUUGUGUUCAUAUUAGCUUGUGAACUUGAUCUCACAAAAGGAAUUGGGAAAUCGAUUCUGAUCAGUUGCCACAGUUGUCACAUAUACUUGUCAGCUUAAUAUCAUCUUGAUAGUGCAAAGUAUCAUCACAGCAUAUUUUGAAAAGAACUUAAAGUCUUAAGUUCAAUUAAUCAAGAUAUUUGCGCAAAAUACGUAUAAUGGCAGAGAAAGAAAUUUCUGACAAAAAAGAAGUGGGGAAUAUCUCCACUGAAAUUUCCCCAGAAAAGGAAGAGAUAGUAUCGUCACCAUUUUUACCUCUAUAUACCAAGAGUGAGUCUAUAACAAGUCUUGACUGGACUACAUUCGAGUAUACAUGGAGAAUCAAUCAACUUCAACGUUUUCGUAAUUGUUACAAUAACCUUGAAUUACGUUCUCCAUCGUUCCCCAAAACAGGUCAAUAUGCGAUUCAAGCAGAUUUAUGUAAUGAUGAAAUUACUGUAACAUUACGUAUACUUAAUUCUGAAAGUUUUAUUGGUUCAUGUACUACCACACUAAGGAAUGAUGAUGGAUAUUUGUCAAGUGAUUUUAUUUCACGCCGCAUAUCAGAUAAGACAUUGUUAACUAAAAUUUCAGAUUACUUUUUUGAUUCAAUUAAAAUACAUUGUAAGAUUGAAAUUUAUCGUAAUAUAAUAGAUAGUACUAUACAUAUGAAAUUACCAUCUUCAUUACAAUCAGAAUAUCUAAAUUUUUUAAAUUAUUCAAACCUUGACGAGAUUGAGUCUAAGUAUGGGAAAUCAAUCAAAUUUAUAGUAGAUGAAAAAAACCAUUAUGUUAUAACAAGAAAAUUGUUGCUUGCCACCAACAGUAAGUACUUUAAGAAUAUCUGUCUUACAUAUGAGGCAAAAGAAAAGGACAUGACAAAUGAAUUAAGUACAUCUAGAGAAAAAUCUAUUUUUCAAGAUAUUUUAUUAUUUAUUAUAAAUGGCAUAGAAUUAGGACGAAAGUUAAUAGAAUCAAGGUAUUAUUCCUAUCCAACAACAUUAUUGAUAGCAGCUUAUAAAUAUGAUGUGUUAGCCUUAAAAUGGAUGUGUGAACAUUAUUUGUUACGCCGGAUUACAAUUGAAAAUGCCGUAGAACUUAUACAAUUAGCGUUUUUGUCUGAAGCAACAUUUUUAGAAACUCAUGUGGCAACUUUUAUUAAGUUUCAUAUAAAAGAAAUAAUGGACACUGCAGAUUUUCAAAAUAUACAAAAAGAUUCAAAUAAUAUUAAGAUAUGUGAAUUGAUUGAGAAGAUUAAAAUAUCUGAAAUAAUCAGUACUAAUCCGAUUAUUUCACCCAAAUAAAGAAAUUUAUUUAACUAAUAUUUGAUUUAUAUGAUAUUGCAGUCUAAGAUGUUAAAACAGAAUGUGAUAAAAUAUUUUUCUUAUUCAUUAUUUUUUUUAUAUACAUAAAUAGCAAACAUUUUUUUUUCUUUUUAC